AUGGCCGCACACGCCGGCGCAUCCUCUAUUUCUGUCGCUGUUCGAGUGCGGCCCUUUACUAUUCGCGAAGCCGCUCAGUUGCGUCCCGGGGAUGACCAGACACUCUUUCUUGGAGAUGGAUCACUAGCAGCUGCACCUACUCCGAAGCUUCACCAGAAGGGAAUUCGGUCCGUCAUCAAGGUUGUUGACGAGAAAUGCCUAAUAUUCGACCCUCCCGAAGACAACCCAGUCCAGCGCUUCUCACGAUCCGUGGUCGGGCCGCAAGGCAAGAGAGUAAAGGACCAGACUUUUGCGUUCGAUCGAGUCUUCGACGAAAAUACAACCCAGGGCGAUGUUUACGAAGCAACCACAAGGAACCUCUUGGACAGUGUGUUGGAUGGAUACAAUGCGACUGUGUUCGCGUACGGCGCCACUGGGUGUGGCAAGACUCAUACCAUCACGGGGACCGCCUCGCAACCUGGAAUCAUCUUCCUUACCAUGCAGGAGCUAUUCGAGAAGAUACAGGACGUACAGGAACAGCGGGCCACUGAAGUCACUCUUUCGUACCUUGAAAUUUACAACGAGACAAUUCGCGACCUGCUCGUCCCCGGCGGAAGUAAACAGACAUUAAUGCUACGGGAGGACGCCAACCAAGCUGUUUCCGUCGCAGGUCUCUCGAGCCAUCAUCCUCAGAAUGUGCAAGAAGUCAUGGACAUGAUUGUAAGGGGUAACGAAUACCGAACCAUGUCACCAACAGAAGCCAAUGCUACCUCUUCUCGGUCACACGCCGUUCUCCAGAUCAACGUGUCCUCCAAGGACCGAAAUGCCUCUGUCAACGAACCCCAUACCAUGGCAACCCUCAGUAUCAUCGAUUUGGCGGGAAGUGAGCGAGCGAGCGCUACGAAGAACCGCGGAGAGCGAUUGAUCGAAGGUGCUAACAUCAACAAGUCCCUCCUUGCUCUCGGAAGCUGCAUCAAUGCACUGUGCGACCCGCGAAAGCGCAAUCAUGUCCCAUACCGAAACUCCAAACUUACUCGUUUGCUGAAGUUCUCGCUCGGGGGAAAUUGCCGGACCGUCAUGAUUGUCUGCGUCAGUCCCUCAAGCGCACAUUUCGACGAAACACAAAACACAUUGAGGUACGCGAACAGGGCGAAGAACAUCCAGACGAAGGUCACGAAGAACGUAUUCAACGUGAACCGGCACGUCAAGGACUAUCUGAAGAAGAUUGACGAACAGAGGGCUCUUAUUGACGAGCUAAUGAAGAAGCAAAGCGACUUCGAGGGAAGUGCUUUCGUCAAGUAUCAGAAGCAGAGCGAAAAGAAGGAGGGCAUUCUCCGAGAUGCUAUUGUCCGUCUGCGCCAAGCCUACGAGGACUCAACCGGAGAGCGAAGAGAGAGGAUAGGGACUUCCAAGACUCUGAAGCAGGCUGAAAAACGCAUUUCGCUCAUAUCCUCCUGGAUCGCCGCUUUCGAUAAUGUGGCAGAGAUACGGGAACAGGAAGAUCCUCCAGAAGCCUUGGCCACUAUGCGAAGGUCAGCAAUGGGUAUGUCUGCAGAGCUCGAACAAACUCGACAACACUGUCACCGCAAACUGGAGAGGACCAACUGGGCGAGUAAGCUGGAUACUGCUCUGCAGGUUGGGCUGAGGCAACUCAGCGAGGUCGAUGGCUCUUCAGAUGGUAAUGAUGCAGCCAACCUUACUCGAGAGUACGAAUUGCUCAAGUCCAUUGCGGAGAGGGAGUUGUACACCGCCAUCCUCGAGCAAGAGAAGGGAGGGGACGCUGCAAUUGUGCAAGUGCUUGUGCAAGCGCACAUUGAGACGGUAUCGAUCCUCAAUCAGAUCACCAUGAUGAAUGAAGAAGAGGCCGUCCAAGCUGCUAGGAGAAUACUCACACAGAUCAUGUCAUCUUGCGCGAAUGCCACCGCUCAAGCAAUCCGACCGGACGGCGGCAUUCCUGUGACCGAAUUCUUCGCCCCAAGUCGACACGGCACACCCAAGCGAAGGAAGCCAGUGAAGAUCAUGGGGCCGUCACCGAUGAAACCUCUACCUAUGCCUUCUCCUUUGGAAGCACCACACUUGACGUCGUCCCCCAUGAAGGCAUCUCCCCGGCGUAGGAAGAUGGGAGGCGCGAAGAAGAGUAUACAAUUUACUCCAAAGAAGAAAUCACCAUCCAAGGUGAAGCGUGGUGUGCGCUGGCGGGACGAUACGGAGAAUGGUACUCUGGCUGAGUUCCAGGCGACACCGCAGCCAGUGGAGUCAACCCCUACAAACUCGUCAAUCGAGCUACCGCUACCAAGCCUCUCAAGUAUCAUGUCCAUCCCCGAACAAGACGGAUCGUCGCCCAUCCUUACCCCUCCAGAGCCGUCGAUAGAGCUCAAGCCUCGUUCCAGCCGUUUCAAACCGGAUUACCUGUUGAAGAAAUCCAAUGGCUCACCUGGACCACCAGUGGCAACAACAUUUUCUUCUGACUCAGAACGUUCGCCCCUUUCUCCAUUGCGGGAGAUUUCUAAUAACACGACUCCUCGACCGACCUCCUUGAACCUUGUCGAAAGUGCUCCAACAUCCUCAGACGUUACUCCGGUUGAAAGUGGAAGCUCUUCCGCCUCAGAAGAGGAGGGCCCGUGGACGCUAGACCAGAAUGACACCCACAAGAUCCGCUCAGCCAUGAAACGGCGCUCUUCUACAAAUCAAGGUUCAAGCUCCAUGGCUCUCAUCCGCGCCCAUCGACGCCGUAGCCCUACCGCCGCAACUGCACGCAGCCCCCCAAAUGAGAACACGAUGUUCUCUACCAGUGCAACGCGACGAAUGGUCAAGAGCGGACGUGAUGCUGACCCGAAGAACAGUGUUCUCAGCCCGCGGACUGACUCGAUCCUGAAGGGGCCUUCCCGUCGAACAACGAUGGCUGUGGGUGAGGAACGACCGCGAGAGGGCUCAGCUUUGAGGGGGCAAGCUGUGCGGUUGAGCAGCAUUAGUUCGAAUGGAUCACGAGGUAGUUUGAUAGGCGGAACCAAGAGCGUGUGGCGCUGAGUUGCUGCCGUUGCUGACAUUUUGUACAGUCAAAGCAGUACGUUCGUAAUCUGAGACGCGAGCUGGCCUGAUGUUGUUUCUGUCUUGAUUUCUUUCCCUCAAUCUCAUCGAUCAUCCUUCCGAGCGUUGGCGCAUACGGAGUUCCUUUUUCUCGGGAAAGUUGAAUGACGCCCGUCCUGCUAUACAGGAAAGUGCAAUUAUCAGAUCCGGGAUUCAAGGCGUCUUUAUGCGAAAUUGAAAGCAUUAUUGGGAGGCGUUUUGGUGUUGCGAUCGCUGGCGUCUUUGUGUCUUUUAUUCGGGGUGGGCUGGAG